CUGAAUCGGUUCUUCAAUUCUAUAUUCUAUUUUCUAUCCGUUGCUAUUCUGCAGAGCAUUACUGUAUAUACUACAGAUACUACGACAAUGCUCCCUCUGACCGUCCUCCUCUCUCUGGUCGCGGCCUCUGCUGCCCAGAACUACUCCUUCCCCAAAGGCUUUGACGUCGAAAGUGUCGAACUGGCUACUCGCUCGUCCUGGUGUACUGCUCAGCGCAGCACCUGUCCUAAGAUCUGCAAUGGCAAGACCGACGAGAACAGCUGCGAGCCGGGAUCUCUCACCUUCUCCUGCAAAUGUGAUAACGGAACCGCCGACGUCGAGCCCUAUGAGCUGACCGUUCCCUUCUUCGUCUGCCAAGCCAACUUUGGCAACUGCAUCGCCAGUCAUCCCGACGACGCUGAUGGCCAGGACCAGUGCAAGAAGGACAACAAGUGUGGUACUCUCAAUGCCACUGAGAUGGCCUCCAAGUCAGACUCGGAGUCGUCCUCAUCUUCUUCGGAGUCGUCUUCGCCGUCCUCCAGCUCGACUGCCACUUUGACUAGCUCCCACCAAUCGGACAACUCGGACUCGUCUGCGGCCAGCAGCUCUCCUUCGACCACGGCCAAUGCGGCGGCAGCUCUACGUAUGGCUCAGGAACACUCGACCAGUGUGUUUGCGACGGCGUUGUUGGUUGCUAUGAGAUUGGCUCUGUAAUUUCGCACAAAGUACUCUGAUUGUCUUUUGUUUCGUUCCGUCUCUGCUGUCAGUUUUGACUCAUGUAUAUCCGCCAUGGCCAUUUUGUAUGGUGAUGGCAACUGCAUAUGCCUCGGACGCAUGUCUGUCCUUAAAAUAGCGCGCAUGCUUUAAUCAUAAUUUUAAUCACUCUUUAAUGUGUUGAAUCAUGAUAAUUCUGUAUG